AUCAUCAGCAGUCGAUGCGUAGCAUGGCUCCUCUGGCCCAUAUGUGAGAAAUGGCAAGUGCAUAUGGAGGACACGCUACGCUGCCAACAGUUUCUGCUAGCGCGGAAGUUAAUUCCUGCAGUGGGCUUUCCCUAACAAACAAUACAACUCUAACUGCCCCGCCGCCGUCUAAUCAAAACAACAACAACAGCAGCAGCCACAGCUCAAGCUUAAGGCAACAAGAUGAACAAAUGCAUUUGGUGGAAACGGAUCACAAUACAUCCUCGCCGUUAAUGGGGCAACAACAACGUUUGCAACAAAAUGAUUUGUUAAACAGUAACAAUCAUCCACAACAACAACAACACUUACACUCAGGUAUUUCUAUAACAGAAAACUUAACAAACGGCGAAGGACGUAGCAUGCAGAGCUUUACAAUAAAUUCUCUUAAUGGACGCUGUAGUCCCACGGCCUCGGGUUCUUCCGGUGGCGGCAGUCGUUCAUCGGCUCAUUCCCUACCCUCACAUUCGCCAGCAUUACACCUCAGCAAUCACAAUGCACAGCUAACGGCGGCCUACCAAACACAACAGGGUUCUCUGGAUGCCUGUGGUCCAACUACGGUUGUAACAUCGGCUGCCAUAAUGGGUCGUCUAACGGCCGGCUGUGUGGAUUCACUGGGUAAUGCUGGUACUAAUGCCGCCACCGCCGGUUUUAAUACGCUAGAUGGCUGUGGCAAUGAUACCUUAUCUUUACUACAGCAUCAUCAUCACCAUGCCCCCAGUCAUCAUUUCUCCUAUUCUACUCUUACACCUCCCCACCAUCAUCAUCCUCUCCACCAUCAUCACCAUCCCCACAAUCAUCAUCACCAUCAUCCGCACGAUGCACCAGGACUGUUGGAUAUUUCCACUUUGUAAAAUACUUGAAAACAAAAAUUAAACUAAAACAAAUAUUGUAAUUUAAUUUAAAUUAAAUUAAUAAUAAAUAAGUUUUGGCGUUAGUUGUAAAUGAAGUAAAAAUACAAAUAAACAACAAAAAAAAAACUCGUUAAUUAAACGUAAAACGACAGAUAACAAUUUGUCAAGUGUAAAUU